AUGAAGUCUUUUUCAAGCUCCGUCAUCAAUAAGUCGGGCAAGAAGUUUGCUCCAAAGGCGCCCGUCCGACGCGCCGCUCCAGCCCCUCCGCCUCGAGUGCCCUCAAGGCGCGCUAGCGUAGCUUCUCAGGCAUCAGUAUCCCAUCCACCGGGGCCUGCAAGCGAAACAGCAACACCCGAGCCCCCUCCACCCUCCACUUCAACAGUCGAACCGCCCACCUCAUCCCAGUCUGCCAUUCCUCAACCCACAUCCAUCGCGGCCAGCAUCGAACAAGGCCCGAGCGACCAACGCGCAACCGCUAUUCCGAUCCCUGUUCCGAAGCGAAAAGCCUCUUUCUCCGUGCCUAUCACCCUACCUACCAAAGAUGUCUCGGCUUCCUCGCACUCUCCUCCACCGACAAGCAUUGCAGCGCCAGAACAGCAAAGCGACAGAAUCGCAGAGACAAGUGAGGUAGUAUUUGAGGCCGCUCAAACCGGAGAAGGUCAUGAGAUUCGCUCUGUCGCCACCCACAAUGAGGAAGUCGCACCUGAAGUUCGACCGGCAAAACGUCCCAAGGCUACGGUCGAAAGCGUACCAACAAUUGGGCUAGAUCAGCCACCAGAAGAGGCCAUCCAGCUUGUGACGCCUCCGGCAACGCAACCGCUGGCACUCGUGGCACGCAGUGAAAGCCGUGAUGAAUCUGAAUCGCAGCCUGCGGCUCGGCGACGUAGCAGCACGGCCAAGUCAGAUGGUCGGGCGUUGGGUAAAAGGUCGACCAGCAAUGACACGGGAGCGGCGCCAAAAAAGCCGAAGAGGCGCCGAAUGCGAAAGCGGGAACCCACGCCCGAGGGCGCAGAGCUGAUCCAAAUUGCGCCCUCUGUUGUCAAAAUGUCAGAUUUGUGCAAGGAUACGCGCACGGGGAAAAGGUCCAAGCGUGAAACGGAGCUUCGCGCACACGAACUAGCUGAGGCGGAGCGGAGGAAAGCUCAACAAGAAGAGGGGGCGGCGCCAGAUCAGACUCCAGUCAAGCAAAUCCCAACUGAGGCUUCCCCCACUGCUGAGGUAAACCAGACACAAGGGAACCAGGCUUCACAAGCUGGUCCCGUCAUGCGAAUCGUAAAUGGUGAAAUCGUGCUUGACCAUGCUUCUUUACAAGUCGACCGACACGCAGACGCGGAGAGGAAUGGGGGAGACCUUGAGGACGUUAUAGAAAACUCACUUACUAGGAAGAUCAAUCAAGCUACCUACGGAAAGCGCUCCAAGACUGAAUCCUGGGAUGAAGACAUGACAGACUUGUUCUAUCGCGGUCUAAGGAUGUUUGGGACCGAUUUCAUGGUAAUCAGCAAGAUGUUUCCCGGUCGAUCCCGGCGUCAGAUCAAGUUGAAAUUCAAUAAUGAAGAGCGCCGCGAUCCGCAAAGGAUCAAGGAGACUCUCUUGGGGCCCCGGGAGACGAUUGACAUCCAGACCUAUUCUGAAAUGACCAACACUGUCUACGACGAUCCACGAGUGAUCCAGCAGGAGCUGGAUGAGGAGAAGAAGCGGAUUGAAGAACAGCACGAGACGGACAAGAAGGCUCAGGAGGAUCUUCUUCGCAACCCGGAUGGCCUGGAGGGCAGCAACGCCAAUGGAACUGACAAGACGGCAACCAAGAGCAAACGCAAUAAUAAGAAACAGGCUCGAGAUCUAGGUGGCGGAACAGAGGAAAUCCUGGGUUCUUUGGAUGAUUGA